CGCAGCCAGUGAGCAGCAGCCGGGCAGGGAGCCGGGCGGAGGCAGCUCCAGCAGCAGCGUCUCAGCAGCUGAACUCGGACCAGCUCCUCCAGCCCCGCGCAGGAUGUUCCCGCUCCGAGUGUGGCAGUCGCGUGACUGUGGCCCCGUGUGGCUUCGCAGCAGAGCCCCAGGGUCCAGCCUCCUGGGGCCGGGUCCCCACAGCCUCUGGGACCAGCUGGUGGGGGACGUGCAGACGCACCUGGAGGAGAUGGAGCGAAUGAGACGCUCCCUCCUUCUGGCUUAUCCCCUUCUCUGCGGGGAGGGCGAGGGGAGCAGGACCCCGAGGCAGAGCAGCCAGUCCCUGGCUGAGGGUGCUGGGAAGGAGCCCGGCUCCCAGGCGCAGGGGAAGGAGACGUACCAGCUCUCCAUGGACGUGAGCGGCUUCUCCCCAGCUGAGCUGAUGGUGAGAGUGGACGGGAGGAAGCUGUCGGUGACGGGGAAGCAUGAGAAGAAAACGGAGUCGGAGGCUGGAGUCUGUUCCCACGAAUACAGGGAGAUCCGCAGAGAAACUCUCCUGCCGGAAGACGUGAACGUGGAGGCCGUGCUCUGCUCCCUGUCCCAGGAUGGGCAGCUCUGCGUCGAGGCGCCACGUCUGGCCCUGCCAGCAGCACAAGGCGGAGACAUUCCCAUCAGUGUCUGCCAGGGGGUGAAGGCAGGCGAAGGAAACCUGCCCACAGAGGGAAAGGAACCGGGGAGCAGCAAGAUGGAGACAGGAGGCGAGAGCGAGGUGACCAGCCCCAGAGAUUCCUGAAACCAGCCACCGACUCCAGUAACCCCUGGACUCUGUUUCAUUGACUUUACUCAGUCAACACUUCUGAGCCUAUUCCUUGGCUUUGUCUCUACUCUGCUCCCUAACUGUUUCUAUGUUUGAGGAAGAUGUCAGAUGCUCUGUGAUGCUGUAGAGCACAGUUGUUUAGAAUUUUUUACCUUGUUACUGUGAUAACCAAAUUUGUUUUUGUACUGUAAAUACAAAUGCUGUUGUCUGAAUUCUG